GGAUCAGUGUACACGCAACCCACACGCACCGUCAGUCGCCCGCUCAUUCACUCACUCACUCAUCAUACUUGACCUUUUCUUCCUCUUUCUCUUUGACUUGCUGCCCUCAUUCUCCUCUGCCUCCCACGAAUGCACGCUACCUGGGUCAUCCACAGCACCCUCACCCCUCACCCCCGGAAGCCUCAAAGUGAAGCCUAGGUCAUUCGCAAGUGCAUCACGCUUCUGCACGGCGAGGAUGAUAGCCGUCCGCACGCCCUCCACCGUCAUCUCUGUAAUGCGGAUCGACCCGCCCGGCACGUUGUUGGCCUUCCUCUGUUGACCGUACUUGUUGACGAUCUCACGCGACAGGUCGGUGGUCGAUAUGCGGAUCUGGAGGUAGAAGUAGGAGGUCGUGCCUUUGGAGUCUAGGUUGAUCAGCUGCACGCCCCUCUGGCCCGUCUUGCGCCCCGCCGUCGGCUUGCCGAUUCGCGGCAUCAGGUCAAGCAGGUGUCGCGUCAGAGUCGACAUCUGGUGGGGGUCGAGCUCCGUAGACUUAUUGACACUGCUGCAGGUGGUGGUGUUGACGAAACUGACCAGCUCCUCGAGCGGCGGCGCCCAGUUUCUUGGCGGGGGCUGAGAGGGGUGGGACGGCUGGGGGAAGGGGGACGGCCGAGAAGGGGGCGGGGGGGUUGGCUGGGGGAGGUGUGGGAGGGAGGACGCACCCAGGGAGAGGGGAAGGGGGCCCCCCGUCUGAGCCGGUGGCCAAGGGCUGAAGCCGUCGGGAGGUCCCGCCACCCACCCAUCGAUGGAGCCACACGGCCACAACUCUGAGAAAUUCAUGGACACAAGCGGGGAUGGUGUUCCUGCAUGCGGCCCAUGUUGUUUGUUUGUUUGUUUCCCACUCACUCACUCACUCACUCACUCACCUGGCGGCAGUCCUUCCGGCCAUCCACCGAGAGCAGCCCACGCGCUGGCGAGCAACUUCAUCUUCUCCGGAUCCUCGUCCUCACCCUCACCCUCGUCGCCGCUAUUCUCGCCAGCCUCCAACGGCACAUCCGUGUGCACCUUGAGAUCUCCAACUGCCUCGGCAGGGAAAUGAUCCAACAGCCUGUCCGCUGCCGCCUUGGCUGCCCGUCUCCGUCUGACGGGCACCCUGUCCGAGCCGCUCCUGGACCUCCCCACGCGCCGCUUCUUCUUCUCUGGCAUAUCAUCGUACCACAGGGGCCGCACCGACACGUUGCGGCGGGACCGGCGACGCUGACCCUCCUGGUGGUGGGUGUCAGGCUUAUCGUGACGCUCCAUUUCUGCAUCCACAGGGUCGACGGGCGAGGCUACCGGCAGCGAGGGGGAGGGCCCCGACUGCUGCUGCUGAUGCUGCUGCUGCUGCUGCUGUUGGCUAUGCGAGCAAGAUAGAUCAGGCGAUAGUGAUACAGACACACCUGAACAAACAGCAUACAGCAGACAGACAUGUCCAUCAGUGGACCCUGACUGUCGCAGUGCGUUGUGUGGCUGACCCGGGAUGUUGGUAUCGGUGUUCGUGCUGCAUGUCAUGUGGUUGUGCAAGGCCGGAGGGUCGUUGAUGGACCCCAAUCGAGGAAUGCUGGCCAUCGGCAAGAAGAGAGCUACGAGGAGAGCUAC